CCAAAUUUCAGGUGUUAACGAUGCUGUUGUAAUAAUUGUUCAUUAGUCUACCUCACAGAAUAGCUCGAUAACUAUUUGGAUAUUACGGAUAACGGGUAAUGAGCCAAUGGAUUUCUCAUUUUUCUUCUUACCGCUCUAUCUGUUCCACCAGCUAAUACUGGUAUCAGCUGGGCGAGAUUUUUACAGAAUUUUAAAUGUGCCACGUGAUGCAAGUCUUAACCAAAUUAAGAAAGCUUACCGAAAACUGGCCAAAGAAUUGCAUCCCGAUAAGCGAAAUAAUGAUCCGUUGGCACAAGAAAAAUUCCAGGACAUAGGUGCUGCUUAUGAGGUUCUAAGCAAUGAAGAGAAGAGGAAAAUCUAUAAUCUUCACGGUGAAGAGGGUUUGAAAAGUGCAGGUGGUGGUGAUAGUGGAAGUUUCCAUGAUCCAUUUUCUUCAUUCUUUGGCGAUUUCUUUCACAGCAAACAUGAAGAAGGAACACUUCGUGGUGCUGAUGUGGUUAUGGACUUAUGGGUUACACUCGAAGAAGUAUAUAAUGGGAAUUUCGUAGAAGUGAAAAGGAUAAAAUCAUUAUACAAACAGACGUCGGGCACAAGAAAGUGUAACUGUCGUCAUGAAAUGCGCACCGAACAAUUGGGUGCUGGUAGAUUCCAGAUGUUUCAAGUGAAAAUUUGUGAUGAAUGUCCAAAUGUUGUGCUGGUGCAAGAAACGCGGUUCCUUGAAGUUGAGAUCGAAGUAGGAGUGGAUGAAGGAAAAACACAGACAUUCUUGGGUGAAGGUGAACCACAUAUUGAGGGUGAACCGGGUGAUCUGAAAUUUUUAAUCAAGAUCGAGAAGCACCCAAUAUUUGAGCGACGUGGUUUGGAUCUUUACACUAACGUUACCAUAUCAUUGGAAAGUGCGUUAAAAGGCUUCAAAAUGGAAAUAACCCAUCUUGACGGGCACAAAGUUGAAGUUGUGCGCGAAAAAAUAACUUGGCCAGGAGCACAGAUCCGAAAAAAAGAUGAAGGAAUGCCUUCGUAUUCUAAUAAUAAUAAGAAAGGAAUUCUGUAUAUAACCGUCGAUGUCGAGUUUCCUCGCGGAGAAUUAACUCCUGAACAGAAAGAAAUUGUUGAAACACUGUUGAAGCAGGGAUCUCUUCAACCGAAAGUUUACAAUGGAUUGCAGAAGUCAUGACAGUGGCCUAUAUUUAUUAUGUUUGAUGUGAUCAUGUCAUUUCGUUUCAUUUUAGCAAGAUACGUAUAGUUAAGUUAUUGAAGUGUUAUCGCAUUCUUGCCGUUGUUUUUUAUUUGUUGGCUGUAUUUACAUUUUGGAAUAAUUGUUGUUGCGGCCAAAUAAAUAGUGGU